AUGGACUCUCAGCCAUCUCCGAGCCGGAAAUCUUUCAAGCAGGCCUGCGACAACUGUCGUCGCCGCAAGAUCAAAUGUUCACGAGAGUUACCUUGCGACAAAUGCCAGCGUCUGCUUCUCUCCUGUUCCUACAGUGAUGUGCUGCGCCGAAAAGGUCCCAAAUUCCGCACGCUCUAUCCUCUGGCGCCUAUCCAUCCCCUAGUGUCGCGCCGCCGAGAUGACCUCCGCUGUAUUCCGCAAAAGCAUCCACUCGAUACGGAGUGGCCCUCUGAGUCUGGGGUAUAUGCAGUACCGGGGCCGGGGUCACCGACUUCGCCGCAGUUCACGGUAUCCGACGCCCAAUGUAUUCCGGCGGAGCUGUCGGACUCGAGCAUGGGGCUGCCACCCCCAGAAUUAGUCUCCUCCCCCGACUCGACAAACUCGCUGUCAGACUCCCUGAUAGCUGCCAUGUUCUCGUCGGCGCGUCGUCUGUCGGCACCGAUCCUGCUGGCCCACGUCAACGUGUUCUUGAAGUAUCUAUUUCCAAUCAUGCCGGUUGUGCGGCGGGAACGGCUGCAGCAGGAUUGCCACCAGCCCGAGCAGUUGUCUUCCCAACGAUAUGCAUUUCUAGCCUCGCUCUGUGCAGUAACUCACAUUCAACUUAAACUUGACGGUGCCAUGUCAGCGUCCAAUCCUCCGCAUCUACAGGCCAAUGUCGACAGUCAUUCGAUCAUGUCCGGGGAGGAAUUACUCGCCGAAGCCGUGCGCGCGCGGAAAGACUGCGACUUGGUUGAGGAAAUGAGCAUCGAGGGCCUGCUUACGUCCUUCUUUCUCUUUGCGGCAUACGGCAAUCUGGACAAACAGGACCACGCCUGGUUCUACCUCUGCCAGGCGACCUCUAUGGUUUUCACGCUAGGUCUCCAUCGCGAAUCCACGUACUCCGAGAUGAGCACAGAAGAUGCCGCAGAAAAACGACGCAUCUUUUGGCUGCUCUUCGUGACGGAACGCGGCUAUGCCUUGCAACAAGCAAAGCCCGUCAUGUUGCGCAAUUCCAUCCACAAACCCCAAGUUCUCUCUUCCAACGACCCCAUCCUCGCCUACGGCUUCAUCAACCUCAUCAGCAUCUUCGAAAAACUCACCGUGAACCUAUACGACUGGGUUUCCGCCGGGGGCGGCGACGGCAUCUUCGAAAUGCCCCCGACCUCCUCCAUCCAAUCCAGCCUGUGCAAAUCCGUCUCUCUCGAUGGCGUCUCGGAGAUCCAGAAAGUCGAUAUUCUCAUCACGCAGCAAUGGCUGCAAGCCAUGAUGUGGAAACUAUCUAUGACACGCGCUACGCAGCCCGGCUCUCGCGACGAAACGGUCCUCCCAUUUCAUCUACCCGUGCUAGUCGGGAAGGCUGUGAUGGGCGUCAUCAGCGCCGCAUCGCAAGGCGCCGUGGAUGCGCACGGCAUUGGAAUGGAACAAAAACUCUUCGACCUCGGCACCUCCGUCGCGGACGUCUCCCGCUCCCUCAACACCAAAGCCGCACAACGCCUGGCCGAAUCCGCCGUCGACCCGCGCGAUCUCCUCUGGGGCAUUCUCAACACUCUCGCGCGCAUCCGGGGCUCCGAAUCCUACCUCUUCCCUACCCUCCUGCAGCGAUGCAAGGGUAUCCUGGGCUUCGAGUUUCCACUUUCUUCCGCUAUCAGUAGCAAUAAUCUCAACGUCAACGUCAAUCUCAAUCUCAAUCUCCUCCCUCCCGCAAUCACAGACACCGCUGGACCCACCACGGUCGUUACUGCCCCUCCUCCUCCUCCGGCAUCCACCACAACCAACUCUUCCUCCUCUCUCCCUUCUUCUUCUUCUUCUUCCUCCUCAUCCUCCACCACCUCUACAUCCUCAACCGAAGACCCCCCCCCAGUCCGGUGGCCAACCACCGACACAGGCUGGGACGUCCCCUUAGCGGACGACCUCCGCGAGCCACGCAUCAUCUCCGAAGACGAAGCAGAAGAAGACUCGGUAGAGGAGGGGCAACGCUCGGCAAUUCCAGUGGACCCGUCGGUGUCUCAGAUAAUGUCGUCAUCGUCGAUCCCUGCAGAGAUGACAUUUCGACGAGCGAGUUUAUUCACUUAG